AUGCUAGCGCUGGUGUGCACGCUCGUGUCCGCGCUGAGCGUGCUGCCGGUGGGCCAGGCGGCGGCGUGGUGGGCUACCGCUGUCUACUACAGGAUCGACGUCGACUCCUUCAAGGACACUAACGGAGAUGGCUUGGGCGACCUCCAAGGCACGAGUAAGCAGCUUAGCUACGUGAAGGCGCUGGGCAGCGACGCCGUGAUCCUGUCGCCGGUGGCCGCGACCAGCCGCGACUGCGCCGCGCCCGGCGUCAUGGACUUCACCGCCAUCGACGACAGAUAUGGCAUGCUGGCAGACUUCUCUGAGCUGGUGCAGAAGGCUAACAAACUGGAUCUAAAGGUGGUGGUGAGCUUGGAUUUGCGGACAAUAAGCAGCGACUCCGAAUGGUUCCGGUCGAGCGCGAGUCGAGCGGCGGGGUACGAGCAUCACAUCGUGUGGGUGAACGAGAAACCUGACGACGUCCAGGACGACACGUGGUGGGUAUGGCACGAGCAGCGCCAGGGCUACUGGGCGGCUCGAGACAACAGCUCCCUGCUCAACCUGUGCUCGGCGCGCGUGGCGGCGGCGCUGGCGAGCGCGCAGUGCGCCUGGCUGCGGCGCGGGGUCAACGGCCUGCUCUACCGCCCCGACUUCACCCGGGACGUGGACUGCGGCGUGCGCCUCGUCUCCACCCUAGCAGCUGAUGCCACCCGCUGCGCCAGAUCAGCCAAUUUGGAUGUGCCGGUUAUUAUUGCGGAGAGCGCGCUGGGGGCCAGCACGGCGGCGCGCUACUACGGCGAGGGGGAGGCGGGGGCCAACAGCGUCGUGAGCGUGGUGGGCGGCCCGCGCGCGCCGGGACGAGGCCCCCCGCCGGCCCCGGACCUGGCGCUGAGCCUGCACGCCGCGCUGCUGCUGGCCCCGCCCGACGCGGCUGUGGCGUGGCUCACCAGCGCGGGGGGCGAGGCGCGGCUGGCGACGCGGCUCGGCGCCGACCUGGUGGACUGUUUCAACCUGCUGGCGCUGGUGCUGCCCGGCGCCGCCUUGCUGCAGCAGGGGGACGAGCUCGGCGCGGCCGACGCCAUCCUGGACUGGGCCGAAACGAGGAAAUGCUGGCCCCGGCCGGCAUACUCCGCGGCCGCGCCGUUUCCCUGGGACGACACAUCCAAAGCGGGCUUCACCGACGGCGAACCCUGGCUACCCCUCGCCCCCAACUACCGCUACGCUAACGCCAAAACCGAGAUCGCCAACGAGCUGAGCCACGUCAGCGUGGCGCGCACCGCCGCCGCCGUGCGGAGGUCGCCGGCCAUCGGCCCGCACGUCGAGAUCAAACGUCUGGGGCCGACGCUGGCGGUGCUGCGGUGGGGCGGCGGAGGCUCGCUGUUGUAUGUGGGGAACCUGGGGCGCAGCACCGCCGAGAGCGAGGUAGGGCGGGUGCCCGGCCUGCCCGCGCAGAUGACGGUGGCGGCCGGCUCCGGGAGCUCCAGCUACCCCCCGGGGACCCACGUUCCCACCGACAAGGGGGUGCGGCUGGGCCCGGGUGAGGCGGUGCUGCUCGUGGGGCCCCCUCGCCACUGCUCCGGCCCGGGGCCGGUAGACAAGAUCGCGACCAAGCUUACGGAGGGCUGGCAGAAGAUCAACAAGUACUUCAGCAACUUGUAACGCGCGCCC